AUGUGGAGUCAAUAUAUAAAUAGCAAUCAAAAUCCUGGACAAUUGUCUUUUGACGUGAUCACUUUUCCCAUCAUCAAUAAGGAUAAAUUUAUUAAUUCUAAAAUGUUUCGUCAAACUGUUAUUAGAUCAAUUAGACCAGCAAUUGCUUACAGACCACAGGUUUCCAUUUCGAGAAACUAUGGAAUAGUCGAUGCCGCUACCCAAGCUGUCUUUGGUAAGAAGGGGUUGGAGGAAAAGAAGCAAAAGGAAGGUGAAUUGGAAAACAAAGUUCAAGAAGCCAACUUAGAUGGUGGUAGAAAGAUUGCCACCAAAUUGGACGAGGCACAAGACGCAGCUCAAAAUGCUAAAUCGAGCCUUGAAGAUGCCAAAGAUGGUGCUCAAUCUACGAUUCAAAAUGCUACUGAAAAGGUCAAGGGAGCUGCUGAAACUGUCAACAAGAAAACGGGAAAGAUUUUGGCUGAUGGAAUUGAGAAUGCUCAAGAAACAGUCAAAUCUACUACUGGGUCUAGUAAGAGUGAUGAUUUAGCUUCAAGAGCUAGAGAGACUAUUGAAAAUGCUUCUGAAUUGGCAUAUGAAAAGCGCAUAGAGUUGGAAGAAGAAGAAGGCAGAGAAGAGGUCAGAGAAAACAUCAAAGGAUAUGCAAGCUUGCAAGACAAGGGUAGAAAAGCUCCAAUUGAACAAAACAGACCUGACGAUGCUAUGUAG